CUUGUUUCAUUCGCCACCAGGAUGACCGAGCGCGUGGUCCUCUCGCCGACAAGGACUAGGAUCAAGCUCGAGCCCGGCCUCGACGAGCGCUCUGCCUGGGGCGCCUACGACGAUGACGAUGACAGCAGCAACAUGGAGACGCUCCUCGCUGCGCCGGUCUUGGCGGAUACGACGCAUGCCAGCUUGGUGGCCUUCCGCGACGCCCGCGCUCGCUACGAGGUCGCGUGUGAAGCCAAAGCACAUGUGCACACGCGCCAGUCCAUCCUCGCGACGAUCGCACCGCCGACGCUGCGGUUCCUUGCGCACUACAAGCUGUGCAUGGCCGAGGCCGCGAUCACCGACGCCGACAUCCUCGCGUGGAUCGAGCGCGAGCUGGCCACGACGAUGCCCACGUCGCUCGAGGCCGUCGUGCAGCACUACCGCGUGCACCUCAUCAUGGACAUGCGCAUUCCCGACGCCCGUGCGCGCGUCGCCACGUACUUUAUGCGCGCCAACGAGAUGGCCGACGCCAACAACUUUCGCUUCGCGGGCGCCAAGCUCUUUUGUGACAUGCUCGUCGAAGGCGUGCGGCCUCGCGCGCUGCGCCGCGACGUCGAGCUUCUGCUGCACGUGCCCUCGAACGCCGACGCCAAGUGCGACGACCGCCGUCUCUUUAACCUCGUGGAAUCCUGCGCUGUCGCGCACCAGGCACGGCACCCGUGGCGCCGCCGCCGUCGCCGCACCGUCCCCGGGCGUAGCGUGCAACUGCUACGCACUACGGAUAGCGCAGCAUGGCGGUCGCCCGACGUGCUUUAUCUGUAGCUGCAUAAGCAGAGUGAAGACGAUGUAUUUCAGUUGGCGGGUGUUGUUGGACGACGGUUCGAUCCCGUCCAUGUUGGUCA